CCAAAAUCAGCAUUUAGCUUCAGAAAUAGCAGAGGCAAAUCACCCAAAUCACAGCAAACAAACGUCAAGAUAUGGAUCAAAGAUUCUCAAAAUAUGAAACUGGAGUUGCGAUCAAAUCAACAAAGGGACUACUAUUAUCUAAACCUUAUGAGCCCCAUUACCCUCUUUCUACCACUUCUUCCAAGAUUAAUGGCAUUAAAAGAGAAGCAAGUUCAGGGCCCAAAUUAAUCGAAAUCAUGAAAGAGAUGUUGAGUCAUGGUGCAAAAAUGAUUCAAGUUGGAAGCCAAAGAAAAAUCUUCAGGAAAACCUUCAGUAUCCGAGAGGGAGAGAAGCUGUUGAAGGCUUCUGAAUGCAACUUAUACACUACAGCAGGUGCAAUUGCAGGAAUCCUUUUUGUGUCUACAGAAAGGGUUGCAUUUUGCAGUUACAGAUCCAUUGAAACAUAUUCUACCACAGGCAAGCUGCUAAAGUUCCAAUAUAAGGUGUCAAUCCCGUUAGGAAAGAUAAAAGGAGUAAGAGAAAGCAUGAACAUGAAGAGGCCAUCAAACAACUAUGUGGAGCUAGUGACCGUUGAUGAUUUCAACUUUUGGUUUCUGGGUUUUGUAAAUUAUAAGAAAACCUUAAGAUACGUUCAUCAUGCAAUCGGACUCAAUGUUUAAGCAAAUGAUGUUUGUAAUUAAUCCUUGAUUUGAUGUAAAUUUCAAAUGUAAAGUCUUACAGAGUUACAGUUAUGCCCAC